AUGUUCUCAGUUUUCCUCCUCUAUUUGCAGCUUUUGCUGUUCAAAAUUCUGUACUACAUCCGCGGCCAUGACAAGAACCUUAUCACCAAGUCCGCUGCUUUUGCUCACUUAUCUGAGCCCAACAUGAAGCUCGAGGCUCCGGAGUGCGGGUUGCCCGGAUGUAGCCUCCUCGAACAUCACACUUAUCUCGACCUCGAAAAAGGAGGAAGAUUUCCUCACCUUCGCUGGACGAUGCCUCGUUCCGGUGAAGCCAAAGAGUUUGUGCUGAUUUGUGAGGAUCCCGACGUCCCUAUCCCGUCUAUGGUUUUUGUCCACGGCCUGUUCUUCGAGAUUCCACCUACUUGCUUUGUCGCAUAUGAUGACGACGUUGACAAGAAUCCUAAUAUGCCUGGCCGCGUCACCUUUGCUGGUUGGAGAUACGUGCCUAACCUGCUGGGCUCUUCCUACAUUGGUGCCUCGCCUCCUUACGGCCACGGAUACCAUCGCUACAUCUUCACCAUCGUGGCGCUGAGCGAGCCCCUCGACAUUGCUCAGCCUGACAAAGCGACCAUCUCAGUUAUCAAGGAAGCCAUGGUUGGCAAAGUGAUCGGCUGGGGCGAAUGGUUGGGCACCUUUCAGCGCCACACGCCUCGCUAA